AUGGUUGAAGAUAGCCCAAUAACUAAUGAGAAGAAAUCUCUUCUCGAUGAAGAACCUGUAAUUAUACAAGAUACUACACAAGAAGUUACUGAAAAUGAUGAAGUUUUGAAGAAGGAUAAUAUCUCUACCAUAAUAAAUAAUGAACAAAAGGAAUCACCAUUGACUGGAGACACUGUAAAAACAGAUUCGAAAGAGCCAUUAAUCUCAGAUUCAAAAGAGACACCAGUCUCUAGGUUGAAAAAAUCUCCAACUUCACGCCCAAAAGAUAUCUCAACCUCAAAUUCGACUAGUUUCAGCAGUGCAAUUCUUAUUGCCCUUGUUGCUAUUCUUUAUUCUUUCAUAUUUUAUGAUCCAAUUUCUUGGUUUAAUUUCUCAAAAAAUUCAAAUCCAUCAAGAAGUUGUAAACCAUAUGUAAGGCCUACAGAUUAUAUAUUCCCAGAAUUAGAUGUUUUACAAAAUGUUACUCAUCCAAUUGAUGAUUGUGAACAUGAAAGAGCUGCAUUAGUGACACUUGUUAGAAAUUCUGAUUUAGCAAAUAUGUUGCAUACAAUCGAAAACAUUGAAUCACAUUUUAAUAAUAGAUAUCAUUAUGAUUGGGUUUUCUUAAAUGAUGAUGAUUUUACUGAAGAUUUUAGAAAAGAAACUUCUGAAGCUGUUUCAGGGAAGACUUUCUAUGGUAAAAUUCCAAAAGAAUAUUGGUCUAUUCCUGAAUGGAUAGAUCCAGAAGCUUAUCAAUCAUGUAUUGAUCAAAUGGUGAGUGACAAUAUCAUUUAUGGUGGCUCUACUACUUAUAGACACAUGUGCCGUUUCCAAUCCGGUUUAAUUUACAGACAUCCUUUAUUGAAGCAAUAUGAUUAUUCUUGGAGAAUUGACUCAGAUAUUCAAGUUAUGUGUGAUAUCCCUUAUGAUAUUUUCAAAUUUAUGAGAGUAAAUAAGAAAAAAUAUGGUUUUAUUUUAUCUGUAAGAGAAUAUUUAGAAACUAUUCCAUCAUUAUGGUAUACUAUUAUUGAAUUUACUGAAAAAUUCUCUCAAUAUAUUAAUCCAAAUAAUCUAAUGAAUUUCGUUCUUGACGGUGAGGAAAAUUAUAAUUUAUGUCAUUUUUGGUCAAAUUUCGAAAUUGUAGAUUUAAAUUUUGUUAGAGGUGAAGCUUAUCAGGCUUAUUUCAACUUCUUAGAUAAAGCUGGUGGGUUUUAUUAUGAAAGAUGGGGGGAUGCACCAGUUCAUUCCUUAGGUGCUCUAUUGAUGUUAGAUAGAUCAGAAAUUCAUUUAUUCGAUGGUAUUGGUUAUCAUCAUGUUCCAUUUAAUGCUUGCCCUGUACAAAAUGACAUUUUUGUUCAAAAUAAUUGUGAUUGUGAUCAAUCCACUGAUCAUUCUUGGGAAACUGAUUUCUUUUGUAACGCGCUUUUCUUACAAUCAUUAGCUCAUGAUAAUCGUGUGGAUAAUUUAUUUCAUAAAGAAGAUUUUAUUGAUACAUUGAGUGAUAAUGAUAAAGCCUUAUAUCAAUUUGCCCAAAAGAAAAUCGAUGCGUAUGAGAAUUUAAAACUUGAACGUUUGAAAGAAAAAGAAAAGCAAGAAGAAUUGAGAAGACUAAAGUUCUUAGAAGAUAACUCUUAUGUAGUAAAGCAAACUACUGAUAAGUCAGGAAUGACAAUUUCAAGAACUUAUGAUUCCAUUGGUAGAGUAAUCAUGGAAUCAGUUGUUACGAUAGAUAAAAAAGAGUUGGAACGUCGUUCUAGGAUGCAAGACUCCGAAUCAGUGGAAGCAACUACUACAGAAGAACAGGAUACAUUGGCUACCGCAAGUUUCAGCUCAAUACUUAACCCAGGUGGUGUGCAUGAUCCUUCACCUACUGGAAAUUUUGAUACACAAGAAAUUUAUUAUAGAGAUGUUCAUAAUACCGUUGAACAAUCGAAAGAAGAUGAGAUACCAAUGGAACCACCUACUGAAGAAGAACUUAAGAAACAAGAACAGCAAAGGUCUCAAUAUUCUGAACUACAAGCUUUAGUUAAACAGCAUAUAGAUGAAGUAGAAAACCAAAAAAAAAUUGAGCAAGAAAGAAUAGCAUCUGAAGUUCAAAAAGAGCUUGAAGAAAGACAACGUGCAGUAGAGCUUCAAAGACAGCUUGAAGAACAGCAACGUCAAGCUGAGAUCCAAAAGCAUCUUGAAGAACAACAACGUCAAGAUGAACUCCAAGGAGAAGUCGAAGAACAACCUGAAGGUGAAAACCAAGGUCAAAGUGAAGAGCAAAAUGAAGCUGCUGAUCAACGUGAAACUGAGCAACGUGAAACUGAACAACGUGAAACUGAACAACGUGAAGCUGAGCAACGUGAAGCUGAGCAACGUGAAUCUGAACAACGUGAAGCUGAGCAACGUGAAUCUGAACAACGUGAAGCUGAGCAACGUGAAUCUGAACAACGUGAAGCUGAGCAACGUGAAUCUGAACAACGUGAAGCUGAGCAACGUGAAUCUGAACAACGUGAAGCUGAGCAACGUGAAUCUGAACAACGUGAAGCUGAGCAACGUGAAUCUGAACAACGUGAAGCUGAGCAACGUGAAUCUGAACAACGUGAAGCUGAGCAACGUGAAUCUGAACAACGUGAAGCUGAGCAACGUGAAUCUGAACAACGUGAAGCUGAGCAACGUGAAUCUGAACAACGUGAAGCUGAGCAACGUGAAUCUGAACAACGUGAAGCUGAGAAACGUGAAUCUGAACAACGUAAGGCUGAAAAUCAAAUACAAUUUGAUGAACAGCAUGAAGCAGAAAUCCAAAGACAAGAAAAAAAAGAAGUUAAUAAUCAAUACUAUGAGGAAAGUCAUGAGGUUCAUUAUGAAGCUCAUUAUGAAGAGAUCAAUGGUACACCAGUUGUUGACCACCAAGAGUAUCAUGAAAAGCAUCAUCAACAACAAAAUAACGAAGAACCAAAUGAUGUUGAAAUUCAUUUGGAAAAUAAUAAUCUACAAGAACAAAACGUUAUUGAAGUAUAA